CUUUCAGAGACCCCCUGGAGCUCAGGAAGACCGACUUAGUUGCAGGUCAUCAUGGGGGAUGCAAGAAAGGUUCAGAAGCCCGUGCGCCUAUCGCUGGCCUAUAGGGGCUUGAGUGGCCUUCCGCCUGACCUUGUUGAUCAGUGCAGACUCACGUUGGUGGAACUGGACAUGAGCAACAACAAAGUCUCAGAUUUACGCUUUCUCGUUGACCUCUGCGUGCUCGAGACCCUGGUACUGGACAACAAUCUGGUCACCUCACAGGUCAAGGUGCCCUAUCUCCCACAGCUGCAUACCCUCUGGCUCAACCACAACAGAAUAGAAAAUCUGGGUAAGCCAAGCAACGAACAAGUUGUGUAUAUUUGUUUGUUUGUUUGUGUGUGCUUCUAGUUGACACACAGAAAAAGGCACAAAAUAACAAAAUGGAAUAAUAAAUGCAUAUUGGUGUGAGUUACACGGCUAUGUUUAGAAUGCACUAUGUCAUGUAGCGUUAUCAGAAUGAUUUUAUAAUAGGCAUAUCAUUCGGUUCCGAGCUUUUAGGUUCACAAAAUUUGGUGUCAGCUGCAUCUUACUACUAAUGGAGCUAAGGCCAAAUUUUGCG